AUGGAAGAUGCCAUACCAAGUGCAGAUCAGAUUCGUAUAACAACAUCUUUGAAAAGCCAAAGAGGAUCAGUGUGGACAAAAACCAAGUCAGUAUUUGAAUAUUGGGAAGUUGAAGUGACCUUUCGAGUUACAGGAAGAGGCCGCAUUGGAGCUGAUGGAUUGGCAAUCUGGUUUACAGAAGAGCAAGGCUUGGAAGGUCCUGUUUUCGGGGCAGCUGAUAAAUGGAAUGGUGUUGGAAUUUUCUUUGAUUCCUUUGACAAUGAUGGAAAGAAAAACAAUCCUGGAGUGAUUGUUGUAGGCAACAAUGGAAAACUUCUGUAUGACCAUCAGAAUGAUGGUUCCACGCAAGCAUUGGCAUCCUGUCAGAGGGACUUCCGUAACAAGCCCUAUCCUGUUCGAGUAAAGAUAGCAUACUACCAAAAAUCAUUGACGGUAUUAAUUAAUAAUGGCUUUACUCCGGAUAAAGAAGACUAUGAAUUUUGUGCUAAAGUGGACGAUAUGGUGUUGCCAUCACAAGGAUAUUUUGGAAUAUCUGCAGCAACAGGGGGACUUGCAGAUGAUCACGAUGUCCUGUCUUUUCUGACCUUCCAGUUGACCGAGCCUGGGAAGGAAGUACCAACACCAGAUGCAGAAAUUCCUCAAAAAGAUAAAGAGAAGUAUCAAGAAGAGUUUGAACACUUUCAACAAGAAUUGGAUAAAAAGAAAGAAGAAUUUCAAAAGGAACAUCCUGAUGUGCAAGGACAGCCAGCAGCGGAUGAUCUUUUUGAAACUGUAAGUGAUCGUGAACUGAGGCAAAUCUUUGAGGGGCAGAAUCGAAUUCAUCUUGAAAUCAAACAGCUUAAUAGGCAAUUGGACAUGAUUCUGGAUGAGCAGAGGAGGUACGUCUCUGCAGUCACAGAUGAGAUUGCUAAAAGAGGAGCUGGUUUUCCAGGUCAACAAGGACAGGUUUCCCAGCAAGAGAUUGAGACAGUUGUGAAAACUCAAGAAGAGGUCAUUAGACAAGUAAAUGAAAUAAGAAAUUCCAUGGCUGAUACUCUGAGGUUGAUCAGUGGAGCUCAGCAUCCUGGCUCUGCUGCAGGAGUCUAUGAAACAACUCAGCACUUCAAUGACAUUAAAGAACACCUUCAUGUAGUAAAGAGGGACAUUGAGCAUUUAGUGCAACGAAAUAUGCCAUCUAAUGAGAAAUCGAAAUGUCCAGACUUGCCACCGUUUCCAUCAUGCUUAUCUACAGUGCACUUCUUCAUAUUUGUAGCGGUGCAAACAGUGUUAUUCGUUGGUUAUAUCAUGUAUAGGAGUCAACAAGAAGCAGCAGCCAAAAAGUUCUUUUGAUGACCCGUUCCUUUUGUGUGUACAUAACAGCAGUAUGUAUGCACAGAAAAUUACACGCUUCUGUAAAUGAGGGAAAUUGUAGUGUUUGAUAUACUUCAAUAUUGUAAAUUAUUGAAUUUUGUUACACAAAAUGAGUUCUCAUUUAAACUGUUAAUGCUAAAGUUAAAAAACAGACUGGGGAGCAGUGGAGCAAAUGCUAGAUAGGGGAAGACUGUGGACCCUGUCUAAGUCUGUAUUUUCAGCAAACUUUCUCAUAAAUACUGGAAGGCAAAUGCUGUAUUCCUCCUCUUUUGUUAAGGUUCCAGAGGAGGGAAUUGAAACAUCCAGGUUUGGCUGUUCUUCGUAAUGAGAACUGCAGAUGGAUGAUUUGUGCAGAAAGCUUGCCACUAAGUGUCCUGACUCCUCAGUUCAAAAAACCAAAAGCAGACAAAAAACAAAACCCAAACAACUGCUCUUCUUUAUUUUUUGGGGGAGUGGUGUAAAAAUUUGUUAUAAACAUUACAUUUCUUUGCCACUUGGAUUUAACCGUUUAAGAAUUAUUUAGUUAAGUCUAACUCUUAAUGAAAUAUAGAUGUAAGCACUUUUUGAUAUGUGGACACAGGCCUUUAACAGUCUGUUGAUACCUGAUACAGAAAACAAACUAUAUAGAACAAGCAAAUAAAGGCUUACCUCCUUAUUUUGGGUUUUGGUAUUAGGCAGCAAGAGAAAAAGUGAUAAAGUAGUUUCUUCAAGUCUGUCUGUAAUUUUGUUUGGAGAUUUGUGGAACUUUUUCAGCAAAGAUACUGCUUUAUACCUCUUCAAAUCUGAUUUUAUUAAGGAUGUGUUCAGUGUGUGAAUAUGUCUUUACUUUUAUAAAGCUGUCUUGUGUCUUUCAUGUAUCAAAUACAAGAUGCUUUGAUUUAAAUAUUGACAUGGCAAGUAUUCUGAACUACAGAUACUGGGCGUUAACCCGUUUCUUCACAAGCUGUUGCUUCAGACAUGUUUGUUAAUCCAGCAGCUAUUGUAGAACCAGUUUUGUGUCUCAAUUCCUGCUUUAAUAUCAAAAGCAUAAGAUUGAACAUGUGUUUUUGAUACUGCUUAUCAGGUAAACAUUUGUUUCAGGAAAGAAACAAGGCAGAUGGCCCAAAUUAGGAAUGUGAAAUUAACUCAUUUUGCCUUGUUUAUGUAUCUGUGGUAACCUUGUCCUUGAGUUCUUUGUGUGUAGAAUUAGAAUGAGGUGGGGUUUUCUUUUUUUUUUUAAUUCUAUAAAAUACACAAAUGCAUUAGGAUAUUUCACUUUUAAUUAUUAAUCUGUUUGUCUGAAUCUGCAAAAAUUAUCUGGA